AUGCGUUGUGUGUCGUCUUCUCGGACGAGAGCUUCAUUCAUGUGCUUCAAGUAGUUGCCAUUGUAUUUGCCAGAGCAGACUUCUCGUCGAAAAGACAGCGAACUGGUUGGUCUUUCGGGAAAAAUUUCCUCGCUAAGGGGUUAAUCCCUUUUUGGAGUGUAUCUCCACAAAUUUUGACGCACUGUACUUGUGGGAAGAAGAAAUACUCGUUGCAAGUUUCCUAUUUCGUCAAUUCGCUUCCGACGUCGCCAUGAUGGUCUGUCGAAUUGGCGUUAGUAAUUAGUUCCUUUUUGUCGUUGUAAGUCGGUUUAUUCAAUUCGUAUUUGCUUCUAAGAGAUAUAUGAACAUCUUUGAACAAAAUAUGUGAACCGUAUUUCCCGAAUGUCCAGUUUUCUUUCGAGAAUUUUGUGAACAUGUCUUUGCAUUUGGUUGUUCUCGUCAUCAACCUCAGUGCCCGAUGCCUUGAUUUUAUGUUGAAAGCGCUUUAAGGAUGUGUUAUGAGUAAUUUACAAGAAAGUGAAGGUAAAGAAAUGACUGCGGAGAUUUCUAAGUCGGGUAUUACUGAGGAAGAAAGUGAACUAAAGGAAAAUGUAAACUCUAAACCAAAUUUGGAUUCUGUGGAAAGCAGUUCAAAUCACUUAUUACCCGACGACAAGACGGUAGAAGAGGUCAAAGAGAGAGCAACUGUUCUAAACGAAAGUAUUGAGGCUGAAGAAAAAGCCGUAGCGUCUAGUCCUGAUGGUAGGUUUCUUGAAUUUGAUGUAGAAGUUGGUCGUGGUUCGUUUAAAACCGUCUUCAAAGGCUUGGACACAGAAACUGGCGUUGCUGUGGCUUGGUGUGAAUUACAGGAUAAAUAUUCAAAGUCUGAACGCUCUCGUUUCAAAGAGGAAGCUGUCAUGUUGAAACAGCUUACGCACCCAAAUAUUGUUAAAUUUCACGAGUUCUUUGAGCGGCCCAAAGCAGGACAAAAAGACAAAAAGCAGCUCAUUCUCGUUACAGAACUAAUGACUUCGGGAACACUAAAAACGUAUUUGAAAAGAUUCAAAGGCGUUCGUGAGAAAGUGUUAAAAAGUUGGUGUCGUCAAAUACUUGAAGGUCUUUAUUUUCUACACACACGUACCCCUCCCAUCAUUCAUCGCGAUCUGAAGUGUGACAACAUCUUUGUUAAUGGUUCUACCGGUUUGAUCAAGAUCGGAGAUCUUGGGCUAGCCACAUUAAAAAAGCACUCGUUUGCAAAAAGCGUCAUAGGCACACCAGAAUUUAUGGCUCCAGAAAUGUACGAGGAACGCUAUGAUGAGUCGGUUGACGUCUAUGCUUUUGGAAUGUGUAUGCUUGAAAUGGUGACAUUAGAAUAUCCUUAUAUGGAAUGUCAAAAUCCUGCACAGAUUUAUAAACGUGUGACGCAGGGUAUUCCCCCUGACUGCCUUGCUAGGGUAGAAAAUUCUGACAUCUAUGACAUUAUACUUGGAUGUACAAAAUACAAAACAGAAGAGAGAUAUACAAUUCCGUACCUGUUGAAUUGUCCUUUCUUCAAAGUCGACGCUGGUAUUAAAGUGGACCUCGUACGUCAAUCCGAAGUUGAUCCUGAUAACAUGGAUCUAGUAAAGUUACAGCUACGUUUGGGCAAUCCAAAAUUGCGGAAAGAUAAACAUAAGGAUAACGAAGCCAUCCAAUUCGAUUUUGAUUUAGUAAAUGACAAUCCCGAAAAGAUAUCUAAGGAACUGGUUUCCUCAGGUUUCAUCGACGCAAGCAACAUGCAACGAGUGGCGAAGACGAUCAAAGAAUGCGUCGCUAUCGUCAAGAAAAAUCGCGAGAAAGGUGUUGUAGAGGAGAAGGAGAAUGAAGUGACCGAUCGAAACAAUCACACCCAUUCUAACUCUGAGAGCGGGGCCAGCAGUUCGAAUAAUGAUGAAAAGACCGAGGAGAGUAGUGAGACGUCAUCAGUUCAUCAAGCGCGCUCGACUACUAAUGGUCAAAUGCACAAAUCUCAAGCAAAUAAUCCAUCGUCAAGUAAUCACGUUAACAACACUGUACAGCAACAGUCACAACAUGGAAUACAACAAAAACAAUUACAAUCGCAAAGAAAUAACAGCAAAACGGUCGAGGAAAGAUCAAGAGAGAAUCUCACGACAUCAAAUGAAGAGAUGAAUUCUCAAAUAGCAACUAAAAUCACUACAAAUUCGGCAGCUGCGAGCAAGGACUCGGAAUUUCCAACAUGUCUGCAGUCAGUUCGAUUGCCUCGGAAGAUAAUGGUGGAUCACAGCGUCUAUAAUGAUGUAGUGUUGCGUUUUGAUAUCAAGGAACCUCUUCAAGUGCCAGCUACUGCUGGUGAUGUCAAACUUGGACCUUUAUCCCCCGAUGUCGACAAGAAUGUAGUGUUGCAAAAUACCGACUCUUCCUCAACUAUCAGUGAAAAAAGUUCAAACGAGACAGUUAGCAUGAACACUGGCAGCAAUAACUCAUCAAUAACAUCGUUACCUGGAUCACAAACCGGUAGUCAAACUUCAACAGUUCAAGCAACAUUAUCGUCAGGACAACAAGCAACUCCUGCUUCCACUCAAUCAACGGCAAAAACGAAGAAGAAAGAACGAACGUUCAAGUUGACUUUAUUGUCCGUAAAUGAAGAUGUUAUCGAAUGUUCGUUUGAUACGUACAAGAACUAUAGGAUCAAUUUUAAAUUUGACAUAAAUGAAGACGAGUCGAUAGAUAUAUCAAAGAGUAUGAUUAAUUCAGGUCACUUACGAGAAGCAAAUAAGGCGUUGUUUGUGGAAAGAUUAAGAAGAAUAUUAAGUGACGCUCGCAGUAAGAAAGAUGCCGAGAACGGAACAGGACGAUAUGAUCAUCAGACAUCGGCAGACAGCAAUCCUGGUUCAGCUCAUACCCUAACAACACCAACAGAAAGAAACGAACCUUUCACGUUUCCAGUGACUGCGAAAUCAGAGCAGUCUUCUCAGGGCAAUGAGUCUUCUUCUCAAGCAAAUAACGGUCAGAUAACGAACUCAAGCAGAGACGUUGAGCCUGCAAAACAAACACCUGCAACACCUUCUGCUUCUAGUAAUACCCAAGUAUUGACUGGUGGUGGUGUAACAACCAACUCACAGCCAACUCAACCUGAAGCAACAAUUAACUCGCCAUCUACUGUAACAACCAACUCAAAACCUGCUGUAACAGCCAACUCAAAACCUGCUGUAACAACCAACUCACAACCAACCCAACUUGAAGCAACAACAUCCUCAAAACCAACUCAACCUGCUGUAACAGCCAACUCUCAGCUAACCCAACCUGUUGCAACAACCAACUCACCAUCUGUUACCACAGCCAACUCAAAACCUGUUACAACAGCCAACCCACAAUAUGUUGGAAUAGCCAACUCACAACCAGCCCAACCUGUUGCAACAACCAACUCAAAACCCGCCCAACCUGUUGCGACAACCAAUUCACCAUCAAACCAAACUGUUGCAACAACCAACUCAAAACCAGCCCAACUUGUUGCAACAACCAACUCAAAACCAGCCCAACCUGUUGCAACAACCAAUUCACCAUCAAAUCAACCUGUUGCAACAACCAACUCAAAACCAGCCCAACCUGUUGCAACAGUCAAGUCUCAAUCUGCUGAAACAGCCAAUUCACAACCAAGCCAGCCUGUUGCAACACCAAUUUUACAACCAGCUCAACUUGUUACAACACCCAAUCCACUAUCAACCCAACCUACUGCAACAACCAACCCCCCAACCAACCCAAUCUAACGCUCGUCGGAUUCUCAAAGAGAAAGAAUGAAUGAUACGCCAUAUGAAGUACGUACGAUCAAGGCGAAGAAUAAGAAGUUUCAGGUACAGGUUGUUGCAGAGUCUCCGCCUAGUGUCGUGAACUCUGACGAUACUAGUACAACUGGUUUCCAGUCUUCUUUAGGAAGGGAAAAUGUUGCUACGGCAACCGAUUGUAACGCGCAAUCAAGUUCUGAGCAAAUUGCUAAGACAAACGCAGAAGCGACUUCAACGCAAUCCACUGUAACACAGCAAUCAUUGUUGUCUGAAUCUGCAAGUCCUAAGAAUGUGCUACGUCACUUUGCUAAUGAUGACGUUAUAAAAAUAGAAACUAAUAGUUCUAGCAACGCCACAUCAGAAGGAACGUCAACACCGUCAGAGAUCUUAACAAUGUCUUCAAAUGCUCCGGACGACAUUGUUCACGUGCAAUCCUCGUGCAAUCAUCCACCCAUCCAUAUUCCUAUUUUACCAUCAGAUGCGACAAAGCAUGCCGAUAACAGCUCGGUCAAUUUCGAGAAAUCUCAAUGCUCUACGGAUGAUUGCUCAAGGAAUGAGGAUAUCACAGUGCAAGUAGCCUCUUCAAUACAGACUCAAACGAGUUUUGACAAAAUAGUCAUUUCAAACGAGAUAAAGGCUAUGAACACGAUAUCCGAACCAAAGACUUUACAAAAAAGUUCUUCUGAUGAACAAAGGCUUCUUGAUGACAGCGAUGGUUCUGUGUCAGGUUGUGAUAAACAUUUUAGUAGACAAUCGUCAGAUAGUUUUUCUGCCCAUGAUGGGGAAGUGCAAAAUACAGAAAAACAAUCGAUGACAGUUGAGCAAAAAAAAUACAUCGAAAAUUGGGUAUAUCAGGAUGGAAGAGUGGAAAGCCGGUACUCUGAAGAAGGAAAUUUGUCUAAUGUGUUACUUUCUCGUGAAGAAAGUGCUGAAUUAAAGCGUUUGCAUGAAAAGCAGCUUAAAGAAAAAAUGGAUAUGCAGAAGAGACAGACGAGAGAACUUGAAGAUUUUUAUAAAAAACUGGAACAGAAGAAGACGAACGAAAAAACCAAAGAAACGAAACGAAAUGCAAGCGUAGCAAUCACAAAGAACCCGACAACGACUGCCUCCACACAAACACCAAUAGAGUUAAAGAAAUCGUCAAAUGGUAAUAACCUUAAACCUAACACGUUAUCAAACGUGAAGAAACAAAUCAACUCGGAUGAAAAUCUAACCAAACUGCAGCAAAGAAGCAUGCAGCAAUUUGAAUACGAUGUUACAAAAAAGAAAAGUGGCGGUACAUCCACAAUUGCUUGUACUACCAGUGGAUGGGCUACAAGUAAACACACCUUUAGUCAAUUAACCACUCAUGGAGUAAUACAGUCACGUGCAGCUAUUCAUACAAUGCCAACAACGAGUGGUACCACUGGGGGGUAUAUAGGUACCAGUGGGGGGUAUAUAGCUCACACCUCUUCAAUAGACUUUGUCAACGCACCAAAUUCAGUUGCAAUGAAUGCUUCGCAUCCUCCUAAUCAGAUGUACCCACAGUGGCGUCCAGAAAAUACUGGUUUAAAUUGGAGUAAUGGUACCACCGUCUCUCAAUGGCAUACAAAUAUGGAUGUAGGGAAUGGUACGCGCAUGCCUACUGGUCACAUGAGUGAUGUUAACUCAUGGCAGGCUAAAGGUCAUUACAAUUCUGUUGCUACGCAACCGCAGCAACAAGCGAACUCUGGUCGAGUAGAUGGUCAAAGAGACAAUUCUAAACAUGUUGUAUUACCAAGUAGGUAGCACGAUUUGUAUUGUGCUGGAUAGCUCAUGCGUUUUAUUUACAUUCGUUUGGGGUGAUUAUGUAUCAUUGUUUGUUCAAUCACCCGAAGCCACCUGGUUGUCCUUUUGCGUGUUGCCCACGUUACUGUCACGCGUGGUUUCCUUAUAGACAUGAAUAAUAAUGAAUAAGAAAUAUUGAAGCAACAAUUUGCUUUGAAAUAAUUUAGAUGUACAGUUUGUAUGUAAGAGAUCUUUUUGUAACCAUAAUUCUUGGCGUUGUGGUGUGAAAGAAAGUCGUGUUUUAUGAGCAGUUUUGAUUGUGAAAUUGCUUGAUUUGUGUGAACUUAUCGAGAAAGUCAUCAACGUGUAAAGUAAUUAUUUGGUUAUUUUUGGUAGAUUAACACUUUUGCUAUGGAUGAAUUGAAAAAGUAUUUUAUGCGCAAAUAGUUUAGCAUUGAGGUAUUCAUAGUAUCACAUGACAGCCAUUUAUUGUACGACAAAAUACUAUUUUACGUUUAUGUUGUCAACUUGUUUGAUAUUUGAUUUCUGCUUUACUUAAAUACGUCAUAAGAAAUACGUCUGAGGUGAACUUUCACCUCUACCUUUUUCCAAUCGGAAUAAUUUGUCUCGAAUGAACUCCCCCCUGACUUUAUCCUAUCUAAAUAAUUUGUUUGGUGUGAACCCCCCCCCCUCCCAUACCUUAAACGAAAUCAUCAAAGAAGUUGACAACGUAUUUAAGAAAUUUUUUCGCUUGCGACUCUGUGGAGAAUUCUGGUGAUUAAUAAAAUACACGAAAUUAUUGUUUCAA